AUGGAGCACGUGAUCGGAGGGAAGUUUAAGCUUGGGAAGAAGAUCGGGAGCGGAUCUUUCGGGGAGCUCUAUCUCGGCGUCAACGUACAGAGCGGCGAGGAGGUGGCUAUCAAGUUGGAAUCUGUAAAAUCAAGGCAUCCUCAGCUUCAUUAUGAGUCGAAACUAUACAUGCUUCUCCAAGGGGGAACUGGAAUUCCUCAUUUGAAAUGGUUUGGAGUGGAGGGGGAGUACAAUGUCAUGGUCAUUGAUCUUCUUGGUCCAAGUCUUGAAGACUUGUUCAACUACUGCAACAGAAAGUUCUCUCUUAAAACAGUACUUACGCUAGCUGAUCAGAUGAUAGCCAGGGUAGAGUAUAUGCACACGAGGGGGUUUCUUCAUCGUGAUAUCAAGCCAGACAACUUCCUCAUGGGCUUAGGCCGUAAAGCAAGUCAGGUUUAUGUCAUUGACUAUGGCCUUGCAAAGAAGUAUCGAGACCUCCAAACUCAUAGACACAUACCAUACAGGGAGAACAAAAACCUCACAGGUACAGCACGAUAUGCUAGUGUAAACACCCAUCUUGGAGUAGAACAAAGCAGGAGAGACGACUUAGAGUCUCUUGGUUACGUGCUGAUGUAUUUCUUAAGAGGAAGCCUUCCCUGGCAAGGCCUGAAAGCUGGAACGAAAAAACAAAAGUAUGACAAAAUUAGUGAGAAGAAAAUGCUAACCUCAAUUGAGGCGCUUUGUAAAUCUUAUCCAUCAGAAUUCAUUACAUACUUCCAUUAUUGCCGCUCUUUGCGAUUUGAAGAUAAGCCAGACUAUAGCUAUUUGAAGAAAAUCUUCCGGGAUUUAUUCAUCCGUGAAGGUUAUCAGCCUGAUUAUGUAUUUGAUUGGACUGUAUCAAGGCAAGCUGCGGAUGAUAACAGAUUGCGACUGAGCGGGAAGACAGGUGGGUUGGUGGGACCAUCUGUGGAUCGGGCUGAACGAGCUGCAGCAAGACAUGAUGUUCCGGAAAGAUUCACUGGUCCAGCCGAUGCAUUUGCUAGAAGAACCGGCUCUGGUUCUGGUCAUUAUGGAGAACACACAAAGCACAGAACUCUGUUGGAUUCCCUUAUGGCAUCCAAGAUGGCUGUUGAUUCAGAUAAAAGAAGGCAUUCAUCAUCUCGGAAUGGAAGCACAUCAAGGAAGGCUCUUCUGUCAAGCAGCAGGGGUUCUGGAGAUCCCAGUGACCCAAAUCGCAGUAGCCACCUAGUCCCGACCACCACCACCAGCAGCCGUCCAUCAACUAAUCAAAGGCUUCACCAGUCAACUGGACUUGAGGGCAGGACCUCAUCAUUUCCAAAACCUGGAAGAAUCGGCCAUGAUGAUCCUACUAUGAGGAGUUUUGAGCGCCUUACUAUUAGCGCAGAGAGGAGGAAAUGA